AUGUCGAAGCUUUUUGUUCACGGCCUUUCCUGGCACACCAAUGAUGAUACUCUUCGUGAGGGAUUCCAGCAGUUUGGCGAGAUUCAGGAAGCUAUUGUCGUCAAGGAUCGCGCAACUCUUCGCAGCCGUGGAUUCGGUUUCGUGCGCUUCGCGACUGAUGCUGAGGCUGAUGCCGCGAUGAGCGCCAUGAACAACCAGGAAUUCGAUGGUCGGGUCAUCCGCGUCGAUAAGGCAUUUGACCGCCCCAGCCGCCCCGAGGGUGGCUUCCAAGGCCGCGGCGGAUACAACCAGCAGCCCGGUAAUGGAUUCCAGGGCGGCGGUGGUGGUGGUGGCUUCGGCGGCGGCGGCGGCGGCGGUGGUUACAGCCGUGGUGGAUACGGUUAUCAGCAGCAGCAGCAGCCACCGCAGCAGCAGCAGCCCUACGGCGGCAAUGGCGGCGGUGCUGGUUACGGCGCGGGCAGCUACGGCGGCUACGGCGGCGGUGCCAAUGCUGGCUAUGGCGGUGGUGGUGGUUAG